GUUCUGCCAACUUUGUGAUUUCUACUCCUACCUUUGGAAAUUCUCUUCAAUAGAUUUCUUUAGGUUACUCAAAGGAGUCUUCUUCUCAUCAUGGGUACAGGAAAGAAGGAAGCCACACGCCGAGUGCGGCAGGGGAAAGUGGGAGAUGGCAUGGGCAAUGUGAGGGUCAAAGGUGAAAAUUUUUACAGAGAUGCGAAGAAGUUGAAGACUUUGAACAUGUUCAAGGAUGGUAAACCUCGACGAGAUGCUGCUGGAAAUAUCACCGUCGCUGCCUCAUACCAGUCGCGCGAAGCCCCUGUCGCGAGGAUAGAACCCAACCGCAAAUGGUUCGGAAACACUAGAGUUAUUUCUCAGGAGGCCCUGUCCUCUUUCCGCGAGGCAGUUGCUGAGCGUGCUGCCGACCCUUACCAGGUUCUCCUCAAAACCAACAAGCUCCCCAUGAGUUUGAUUAGGGACAACAAUACCGUGAAUGGACUGAAACAGCAUGAGGCUAAGAUGGCUAUUGAGACAUCGCCCUACAGUGAUACAUUCGGGCCGAAAGCCCAGAGGAAACGCGUCAAGCUAGGUGUCUCAUCGAUUGAGGACCUCGCUGGCGAGACUGUCAAAACGCAUGAUGCCUUUGUUGAAAAGACGGACCAGGCUCUUCAUGAAGAUGGCACCUUCGUCGUUUCGGGUGAUGAUGUUGUGAAUGAAGUCAACCUUGGUACUCUGCAGACAGCUAAAGAAUCCGUUUUUUCCAAGGGUCAAAGUAAAAGAAUUUGGAACGAGUUGUAUAAGGUCAUUGAUUCUUCAGACGUCGUCAUCCACCUUCUCGACGCUCGUGAUCCUGAAGGCACUCGCUGCAGAGGUAUCGAGAAAUACAUUCGUGAGGAAGCCCCUCAUAAGCACUUGAUCUUUGUUCUUAACAAGUGUGAUCUUGUACCAACAGGCGUGGCGGCUGCUUGGGUUCGUCAUCUAUCCAAAGAUUAUCCUACCUUAGCUUUCCAUGCCUCCAUCAACAAUUCCUUUGGAAAGGGUUCUUUGAUUCAGCUCCUAAGGCAGUUUUCAUCCCUCCACUCCGACCGGAAACAAAUUUCUGUUGGAUUCGUUGGCUAUCCUAACACUGGAAAGUCUUCAGUCAUCAACACUCUACGCAAUAAAAAAGUGUGCACUGUGGCUCCUAUUCCCGGAGAAACUAAGGUUUGGCAGUAUAUUACUUUGAUGAAGAGAAUUUACCUCAUCGACUGCCCCGGUGUGGUCCCUCCCAAUCAAAAUGAUAGCCCUCAAGAUAUUCUGCUCCGUGGUGUUGUGCGAGUGGAAAAUGUUGAAAACCCCGAGCAAUAUAUCCCGGCUGUCCUUAGCAAGAUCCAGUCUAGGCAUCUUGAACGCACGUACGGCUUCAAGGAUCCUGGUGAUCCCAUUGAGUUUCUCAGUAUUCUUGCAAGGAAAGGCGGUAGACUCCUCCGCGGUGGCGAGCCAGAUCUUGAUGGCGUUGCCAAGAUGGUUAUCAAUGACUUCCUUCGAGGCAAAAUCCCCUGGUACACACCACCUCCUUACACAGCUGGCGAGCAGGGUGAAAAGAUUGAAGGUCGUGAGGGUAGGCUUGGAGAAAUGACCCGGAAGCGCAAGUUGGAUGAAAAUACGUCGGGGGAUGCAGAUGACAGCAAAAAGGCUUCUGACAAAGAGUCUGCAUCGGAGGAGGAGUUCGCAGGAUUUGAUGAUGAAGAUGACGAUAACGACUCGAUUGCCAACCUCGAAGUUAGCGACGAGGAAAGCGGGGAAGAGGAUGAUUAAACGCUCUCGGAGCGCAAUUUAACUUUAACAGCGAAUUGCAAAGCGGAAUAGCGGAUAUAUUUAUUUGCUAUCCCACAGCAUGCCAUCGGCACAGCCCGUUUCAACCCUUCGGACACCCAGGGAUUCACGUCCUGCACGUCUGACUGUUACACCUGCUCGGCAGUUAGGGUGCAGAUUGACAGCUGGUCAGUCAACCUAGGACACCGACCGGACCGUGUGGCUCUGUCUACUGGACCAUGUACGCCAGAAAUAAAUAAACGAUGGCAAGUCCAGUUGCAGUUCCCCACGGCCUUGGUUGGGCAUGCCGUGUGGGCUGCCUACUUACUACUAGCGCGCCUACUCCAAGGAUGUGUCCAGCAGUAAAAGAUACCCGGAGAUUGAUGUCAAUUGGCAUCAUUUCUGCUCCAUAUAGAUACCCAUAUUACUCACAAUACUAUCUAUAAUGAUUCGAAAU